UGUGUGGCCCAGAGAGGAGCAGAGUGCGCGGGGAGCCGAGCCUGGAGGACGCUGCUACCAGAGGCAGAGGACAGGCUGCGGGUUUUCGGGCGAGGUUCCCGUGUGAGGCUGGGCUGAGAUGGCGGUGGAUUUGGGAACACCUCCGUCCGCUCCCCGGUGUGGACGACGCUCUCCUGCGCUGGACCGGAUCUCCACCCCCCGCUGUAGACAAACUGGAGACGGGACAGCUCCAAAGCUGCGACCCCGCGGAAAAAUAGGUGGCGGUAAUGUACCUGUUGGCUGCCAACCGCCAAUGAAUGCUAAAAGAAGAAGAAGAGCGAGCAAGAAAGAGAGAAAAAAGUUUUCUUCGGAAAGGAUGAACAAUGUUCAACAGCAAGAAGUAAGAAAAUAUGUGAACGAAAGUCAUGUGUCUAUCCAAAAGGGACUAUUCAUUCCUCCUCUGAAAAAAUGCUACACUUGCUGCUCUCCAGGCAAAUUUCAUUGUCCAUUUUGUUUACCAGUGUAUUUCAAACCCACAAAACUCUGCAGAGUUAGACUUCAUUUGAGCAAACAUCUGAAUAAAGCCUUUUUUGUUGGAGAAUAUACGAUCCACAGAUGCGGACAGGGGUGCAGGAGACGGCAACAUUACCACUGUUUGUACUGCUCAGCCACAUUGAUAAGGAGUAGAGAUUUCAACAAUCAUUUACCAUUGUGCAGCCAGGCCCAACAGCUGAGAACCCAGAAAUCACCCCAACUACAGGAAGAGAUGACACAAAGAGUCCAAACCAAAGGACGGAGUGCUCCAUCGCUGACCACUGGAGAGAUUGACUUCCGUUCAUAUGAACAAGAGAGUGAUGACAGUGAUAACAUCACCAUCAACCCAGAUUCAGAUGAUCAGAGCAGCCAAGAAGCGUGUGCAGAGCCACACUCUUCUAAAUGUGACCAAACUGUGCAGACAAACAUCGAAAAACCACAAGAUUGUGAUGAAUUCUACUUCAUGAACCUUGUGAAGUUGUUUAAGAAGUUGUCCCCUAAGAAAAAGGCAGAGGUCAGGUUGAAAAUUGAGAGAGUUCUCUUUGAAGCUGAGUUUGAUUAGAAAAGUGUUUAUACACAAAGACAAAAUGAGUUUUUUUGUAUUAUAAUGUAUUGGAAAGUUUCGAGAGGCAGAGUUUCAGUAUCUUCUAUUUUUAUUCUAGACAGUAUCUUUGUGUCAGCCCACUGCGUCUUCAGUGGAGGUGAAAACUGGAUUAUUUUUACAAGCUCUGGUGAAGCUUUAUUAUUACUCACUCAGUUGAGAUGCUCCAUUUCCUUCUGGGGCCCGUUUCACCAAAUUAGCAACAUACAAACAACGAUUUAUACAAUAUGGCAUAAUGUCCUCUCACAUUCAUUUUAAAUCAUUAUAUUAAUCAACUCAAAUGACCUACUUCACGUAGAUUUUGCUUGGCUCCUGAAGAAAUGAGGAUGAAAAGGUUCGACUGAACUCAACUGAGAAUCUUAUGAAUAUUCUUUAGUCCAAUGUGCUGCUACUGUCCACUUUUCCUAUACUCAGAAUACCUCCAACCAAAGAGUGAAUUCAGUGUUUCCUUUUUAUGGAGCACUACUCUGUACUGAAACACACAUUGUGGGUUAAAAUAGUUAUAAAUGAGACUGUCUAUGAAGCGUCUGGUCAAAAUAAAUUUACAUGAUGUUAAGGCCUGUAUGUUUGAUACAAGGCCGAGAGAUGUAUUGUAUGGUUAAUAAGGGAGACUACCUCAGAUACAGCUGGAGAAAUGGUCUCAGAGCUGGACACUACAAAUACUUGGCCCAGUGUGUCUUAAAUAGAUAAAACAAAUUAAGCUGCUGUUUGUUAAGCCUAUGUUGUGAAUUGUUUUUUUUUUAUUCAAAUAAAGGACUUAAAUGUA